AUGUCCAAAUGGCGCAACUCCGUCAUGCACGUCAACUCUCAAAACAACACCACCAAGUCCAAACCUCUCCUCACCUUUCACCUACUGAAAGCGCCGCGUCGGUGCUACGCAUUCAUGCGGGCCGAAGACAAUUCACCCACCAACCUCAAUUUAGUGCUAAUGUUGCACGAUCUUCGAAACGCGUGUCCAACACUCGACACCAAAAACGGUUAUAUCCACCUUCACGACACCGUCUGA